AUGGACACAUACGAUGACACAAUGGGUGAUUUCGAGGCUGAUACAGUGAUUAAUUCCUUUCUCAAACCAAAUUCUACACAUAAUUUGGUAUUGCCUUCUCUUGAGACAGUGGCUCCAUUGCAAGCGAAUGCCAUACCUCCCCCCUGGGUUGGACAAACCCUUUCAAAGAAAGUGCAUGAGAGAGGCCAACCUAGGAAUAUGAAUUGUCAGGUGGUGGAUGCAAUGGAAGAGGAUUCAGCCACAGGAAAAUCCGAAAACUGUUGUCGUUGUCAUGCUAUCGGGCCAAAAAAUGAGGAAAAUACAAAUGCUUCAUUGGCCACUGAGUCUUUGAUCAUUCCUGGUAAGCUUGAAGACACAAUAAUUAGUACAUCGAUGGAUGUUAAAAUGCUACAACAGAUCCGUUCCUGUCUUUUGAAACCUCUUUUGUCCCAGGGCCAGUCAGAAGAUGAAUUUGAGGAGAAUUAUAAAAAUACGUUACUGCAUCUUGUUGAGGAUAAAAUAUAUAUUUAUGGCUUUUACGAGCGCAUGAAGCAUGCUAAAACAGUUGGUGUAAAAAGGUCAGUUUGUCGAAAGCGUGGAAAUGUAUGGGAAGACGCACACAGGUCAAAAAAACAUUGUAGUUCAGGAGUUUUUGAGGAAAAUUCCAGUUCGGGGGCUAUGUCCUUUUCCUUCCCUAGCUGGGAACAUGAUACUGGGAAAAUAAGUGUUGAGGUGGAAAAAUUGUUCUCGCAGAAUUUGCAUUCAGCCCCUUUAUUAGCACCAAACGAAAAACAAAGUUUUUCGAGGUAUGCGCUGAGUAGUGGAAAAUUGAGGAAGGAAUGUGCCGAUCCAUAUCAGUUUUUUACAGCGAGACUACAUGAGCGUCGCCAAAGCUUAGAAGAAUGGCUUUCUGCUGGGGAAAAUAAUGAGUAUUAA